UGUUCCCAGGCGAGGUGGCCAUUUGGAGACUUUAUCGUAUUGGCGACGGGAUUUUUCGCCUGGAAGCAAAAAGGGAUCGGAGUAGGAAGCGAGAAAGGACCAUUUUUCACAGAGGGGUUUACCUUCUGACUGAAAGGAAUUUACGCUUCGGAGUGGGAAGGCAAAACGAGGCCCUGAUACGUUUCGGAAUAGGAAGCAAGAAAUACGUCAAAGGAGCAGUGGCUAAAAUUGGUUAAAGGAUUUCGGCUUUGCUUGAAGAAAGGGAUUGAUGCCAGCAGGACAGGCUCUUAUCAAAUUAGGAAGGAGUUAUUAGGUGGAAAAUCACUAUGAUGAAGACAGUUUAUGCUCCGUGCACAGAGGAUGCUAAGAAAAGCAAACCUAAGGUGUCGCCCUGGCAGAAGUUAUGGUGGAAGAAGAGGAGCCACCUCGAGGUGUCGCUCCUCGUCCUGUUCCUGAUCUCCGUCCUCGUCGCAGCAGCCCUAGUCAUUGUCAUCGUAAUACAAGCCACUUUAAAACAAGAAUCUGAAACUUGUGAAACGGAGGGCUGCAUCGUCUCAGCCGCGAGAAUACUUAAAAAUAUGGAUAGGUCGAUAGAUCCAUGUCAGGACUUCUACGAAUACGCGUGCGGUCGAUGGAAGUUACACAAUCCUAUCCCCGAUGACUCCUCCCGCACUUCGAGCUUCUGGGCCUUAGGAAGACAGGUAAACGCGGACGUACGCCAGUUCCUGGAGGAACCAGUUGAAUCCUCGGAACCAGAGGCAGUGAGGAAAGCUAAGAGCCUGUACAGGUCUUGCGUUGACACAGAAAAAAUAGAAAAACUUGGCAUCACGCCGCUCUGGCAGUUUCUUGACAAAACGGGCGGCUGGCCGGUUGUGAACCGAACGUGGUCCGAACACAACUUAGACAUGAUGUCCAUAUUCGUCAUGCUGCGUUUGUACAAUAUUGAAGUGUUUUUCGCCCAUUUGGUGGACCAUGAUUGGAAACACUCACAUCUGUACAUACAUCGGUUUGACGAAGCCAACCUGGGUAUGCCAUCCCGUGGCUAUUUCCUCAAGGGGCGAAACGACACCAUGUUACAAGCGUACGAGAAGUACGCAUACGAUGUUGCAGUAGCUCUUGGGGCCACGGAAACAGACGCAAGGCAACAAAUCAAGCAGAUGGUCGACUUCGAGGUCGACAUUGCCAAUAUCAUGAUCCCAGAAGAAAAGAAGAGAGACUUUAGUGAGCUUUACAAUCGGAUGACGCUCAAACAGAUGACGAGGAAUAUUACAGGGAUCGAUUGGACUGUCUACCUCAGGACCAUAUUUCAACAUGUUAAUCUAGAAAUUCCGGACUCAGAGCCCGUGAUAGUGUCCGUCCCUGGCUACUACCGUGAAAUCUUUGACCUGAUGCAAAGGACCCCGAAAAGAACGAUAGUUAAUUACCUAACUUGGCGUGUCAUACAAUACGCCAUCGCUUUCUUACCAAAGAGAUAUCGAAGUAUCAGCAAUGCCUAUAGACAGGUUGUUUACGGGUCUAAAACUGAACAGGCCCGCUGGAAAACCUGCGUGAAGCAAGUGACGUAUGAGAUGGGUGACGCAGUAGGGAGGGUGUACGUCCAAAAGAGGUUCGACGAAGAAGCUAAGGUUUAUGCCACGGAGAUGAUUACAAAUAUCAAGGAAAGUUUUAAGGAGAUGUUGGCGGAGAAUGAAUGGAUGGAUGACGUUACCAAACGAGCAGCAAUGGAAAAGGCAGAAGCCACGGUUGCAAAGGUUGCUUAUCCAGAUUUCAUCCUCAAUGACACAGCGCUGGAUGAAAAAUACAAACAUAUGACUUGCAUUCCUGGCCAAUACUUUUACAGUGUACUGGAGAAUAAAAAGGCUAAAACCUUUGAAAAACUGAAGAAACUUCGGACAGUCCUCAACAAAACUGAAUGGCAGACGAACCAACCAGCCAUGGUGAACGCCUUCUAUCAUCCAAUUUGUAACCAAAUAAUUUUUCCAGCUGGGAUAUUACAACCACCAUUCUUUGAGAAGGACUUCCCGCAGUACUUAAAUUAUGGGGGAAUUGGAUCAAUAGUUGGUCACGAAAUCACGCAUGGGUUCGACGAUGAAGGCAGACAAACGGACAAAGAUGGCAACCUCAUCCCAUGGUGGCAGCCGAGCGCCGUGGAGAAGUUUAAACGCAAAGCGCAAUGUAUCAUCGACCAGUAUUCGAAAUACGUGGUGAAGGAGGUCAACAUGACGGUAAACGGGAUCCGGACGCAAGGAGAGAAUAUCGCGGAUAAUGGCGGACUGAAAGAGGCUUAUAGGGCUUAUCACACAUGGGUUAAGAAGAGAGGUCAAAAGGAAAAACCACUCCCAGGACUAAAUAUGACAGUGGAUCAAAUCUUUUUUAUUAAUUAUGCCCAGAACGACUGCGGCAAUAUGACCCCAGAAAGUUACAUCGAGGCAAUACAGAGUUGGGUGCACACUCCAAACAGAUACAGAAUCAUUGGUACUGUUUCCAACUUUCCAGCAUUUGCACGGAGCUUCAACUGCCCUCUCAGGUCACCCAUGAAUCCAAGAAUAAAAUGCAAUGUCUGGUGAUGAAGGAAACUUCAAUGAGGAAGAUAUUUGUUGAUUAAUAUAUGAACACUUUUUUUGCCAAGAGCGAGAAAAAACUUGCUCUGACCAAGUUGUGAAUAGCUAAAUACCGAACAAUAUAUGAUAAGACUGGAUAUUGUUGGCUUGAAACUGAAAAGGGAAAGUUUGGAAGGAGAACUCGGUCGCAAAAUAAGGAAUAGCACCAAGCACUGUAUGGAUGUUUCCACAUGAUAAGGACUGCGAUGUAAACCACAAAAUUUAUGCACCUUUUCUCUUCAGUGCCAUUUUUUCGUAAAAUGGGGUGUACUGUACUGAUAGGUAAGCUAAGUAAGUGUACAUAGCUGCAAAGUGAAAAUCAGUAAUGUUUCAUUAGUCAUAUAGCCUUUCUUUAGACUGCCUCAUGAGUGCUCGAGGCAGAUUCUGAAAUUUCCAACAAAAGCAUUCGUUCUAGAAAAGAUUUGGAGAAGUCCGACUGAAAGUCUUAGGUAGAAAUUUUAACCACUGUCUAAAAAUCCUAUUUAGUCAAUAACGUAUUUCUAUUGUAUAUUUCUAUGAAUCGGAUGAUCACCCUUUGAAGGAAUAAAAUGUAUCAAUAUUU